AUCAUCCAGGCCGCUACAAAGAGAUCUUGAGAAUCUAGCAAUGUAUACUUUGACAGGGAACGUGCAAUAUUACCAGAGAUUCUGCCUGGACAGCAUGGGCAGACCGCUAGUCAACGGUAACCCACAAGUGACUGAGGGCUGGGACAUUCCUGUUUACCCAGUGAUAUUCCACGAGGCCUUGCCCAUUGAUGAGACAGAGAGACCUAACCAGCAGAGGCAAAAAAGAAGUAAAGCCACAUGCUGGAACUGUGGACAAGAGGACCACUCACUGCGCGAUUGUCCUGUUCCGAGGGACCUGGUCAAGAUCAGCAUGGCCAAGAAGGAGUUUAUGGAACAGAAUGAGGGGAAUGCCAUGAUGAAUAAACGCUACCACAAAGACGAAGCCGUGGAUCAACGCUUUGCAAACUUCAAACCCGGACAGCUAAGUACCUCCCUAAGAGAAGCUCUUGGGCUCGAUGAGAAGCAAGUUCCUCCUUAUAUCUUCCAGAUGAGGACUCUCGGCUACCCCCCUGGGUAUAUGAAGCAAGCAGAGGUGUUACAGUCAGGGCUGACAGUCUAUGACGUUAAGGGGGAAGCCGGUAACGAGCCAGGAGAGAUCAAUCCCGCCGUUAAAGCACCUACAAAGACUAAGUACGACCCCUCCAAGCUGAUAGACUACCCUGGCUUCAAUGUCCCACUACCAGAGGGAGUCAGAGAGCCAGGGGGUGUACCUCCUAUGCAGGCAGGCCACAGCAAGGAUGCAUUCCAGUUGUUCAUGACCCCACCCAGGGGGUCUGGUAGCGAGAGGAAGAGGGGGAGAGACUUCCAUGAAGACCCAGAGAAGAAACGACCCAGAGUGAGCAGCUCAUCCGAGAUGGACAUGGACGUAGUGAAAGACAGCUCAGGUACUCCCAGGAGAGGAGACUCUUCCUUUAAGCCACCUUUACCGCCCACUCCUGUCCCUGAGACUCCGCCCCCAUUACCCACAUCUACGCCCCCUAUAACACCCGGCCGCACCCCUAGGUUUGUGCAGGCUGACACGCCUAGUGAGUUCCCCCCAGGCGUGGAUAGCGAGACCUCUGCAGAUCCAGACUCUGCAACUGUCAGCCAGUCAUCGGCCAGUCAAGGCACGUCCCGUUCAGCGUCGCCCUCUAUGGACGAUCUGGAGUUGAUGCAGAGACGUCUGGAGGAGGCCCUGAUGCAGGCUGCUGAGGAAGGGAGCAGCUUGGUGUGCAACACAGAGAGUAGUAACGAGAGGUUGGUGGUCAACAACGAGGAAUUUAUCGUCGACUCUGUUGGGGAAGAUGAUGAUAACACAAAUAACGUGACUCUUGACGACGCUUCGCAAGCUGCCAGAGAUGGAUUGGAAACAUCGACCUUACCUGCUGAAACCACGGUAGACGAGAACACACAAGGUGCUAGUGUACUUAGUAGUCAGACUACUGAACUAACAAAUGAAAUUAUAGAAGACAGCUCGACCGCACAAGACGGUAGUGUUGUUGUGGACGCGGCCGAGGAUAACAAAUCUCAAGCGCUGUCGCUAGAUACAUCGACCGCAAACCCUGAAUCUCCUAACGGCAAUACGGAAAACCUUGAAUCUACAAUUCCAAUGGAGGGUUAUGACACAGCUGAAGCGGCCGACUUGGAAGCGGGCGAAAUUGUGGACAGUGAUUUGGACGCAACGCCGAACCGGUCGGGGGUGCCACAUCUGAGUAAAUUUGCCGUAGGGAUCUCGCCCCACGAGAAUGAAAAUCUGUCCAAGUCAACAGGGAUGCUGAAGCGCAUCAUGAGCGUCUUUAAGAGGAAAGACAAAGGGAAGUAGUGGUCAUCUUAAAGAAGUGGAUAGCUGAAAGCUUUUUUAAGUUGUGUAUUAUUUUUUAAAUGCAUGUUUUUUUGUAAAAAAGUGUGGUCUACCACUGUCGCUCGGAUUGGGGGGGGGGGGAACUAAGAACAGUGUCAAGGGAGCGGAGGAAUUUGUAAAUUGAGAGCCGGCAAAUAGAACAUUCCAACUCUUUAUAGCAUUCGAAAAUAAGUUGGCAUCGAUUCUUUGAAAGUAACAUAGAAUAGGAAUUAUUAGUUUUAAUAUUUGUUUUUAUAGACUGUCUGCUCGACCUGUGUCGUUCGUGAAAUUUUCGCUAAAUAAAAAAAAAAAUACAAUUUUUAUUCCCUAAUUACAUUUAUUGUGUAGAGUGAAGUCAAGUUAUUGGGUUUGUGAUACGAAAAUCAGUGAGUAAAAUGCAUUUGUGAUGUCACUUUUUCUGGUGUACAAUGGUUCUUGCAUCAGAGUAAAAAUGCUUGAAUUUUGCAAACCGUAUCUUGCACAAAAAUACUCCUUGCAAAAACAGCAUAUCUUGGCUCUUACUUGUUUUUUGUACAUCUGGGCUGUUUUAAGUGCGAUACAAUUUUGAGGUAAAUUAAAUGUGGCCUGUAACGUAAUUGGCAUUUUAGGAGAAACGUUUUUGCACUGACAUGACAAACCUUAUCUUAUACUUUCUAAGUUGUUGUGGCUUAACUGAGAAAUUGUUUCAUAGAGCUUUCCCAAAAUGAUUUCAACACACCUCAAAUUUGGGACCUAGUUUCAGACCUUUUUUUUUCUCAACUUGAAUUUUGAUAUAAAAUAUGUCAAAAUAUCAUCAUUUUACCCUUGGGUGAAGAAGCUAAUAAAAGAUGGCAGGAGAAAUUGAGGAGAAAUUUAUUUUGGAUUAUGCCAUACAAAUUGUUUAUCAAGAGUCUUUACUUUAGUGCCCCUGUGUUUAUAUCUUAUGAAUGUUUUUUGGGGGGGUUGUUUUUAUUGUUAAUUAUUUGUUUCAUUUUAUUAUGAUGAAAUAGUUUGUACCCCAUUUUAAAUAUGACAAUUGUUUCAAAAAGUAACAUUUUUAGCAAUUUGUAUAUUUGUAGAAAAAUUUUUAUCACUUUGAGAAUCCCGAGAAAUAAUGAUCUGAUAAACCACACAUUUUACAUCAAACUGUUCAUAUUUCUUGUACAUUUAUUAUUCCUUUGUUAAUUUAUUGCUUAUUGUCAAACCUUCAUGUUUCCCUCACAACUCCGAAGCCCGUGGCAAAAACAGACACCCCGGCUGUGAGUGGGUAACCAGCCUUCAUUUUUCAAUAAUAAAAAUAUUUGUCCUUCUGAUUGGACGUAAAGCCGUUGGUCUCGUGCGUAACGCCUGUAAAAUAUCACAGUAACACUUAUCUCUUACAGAAGGGGUUUGCCCCGGUGUUCCUGGCAGUGGCUGCUGAUUUCGCCAUAAACCCUUAUAAAGUGCUACAUGUAAAUAAUUGGGUCUCAGAAUUCAUAACCUAUCUUUCUGAAAUUUUUUAUAUACUAAGCGCCUUGAGUAACUUGUUGGUAGAUACAUGUACAUGCGCUAUAUAAGACUUUGAUAUUAUAGUUCGCUGAAGGGCAUUUCAAAUUAAUCAGUAUUUUUUCUACUAGGUACAUGUAUGUGUUCUAAAUAUGCGUUCGUUUUAUUAACAAAGUACCAUUUAAUGGUUUACAAGAUGCUGUGGUGCAAUCUGACUAAAACAUUGUGAAAAUGACACCAUGGGACCUAUGGCUUUACAGCCCAUCCUAAAGGGUACAUUUUCAUAACAACUGAUGGAGCGCAAACCAGAGCAUAAGCCCUUAUCCUAGUUUCUUAAAAGGAUCACUCUUCAUUAUAGAUACAUUCACAACAAGGGUGCACAUUAUAAACAAUAGACUAUUUAUUGUCAUCUUGUUGUUGUUUUUCCCCCAAUUGAAUACAAUGGUAUCAGACUGAGACUUGAAGGGAAAAUAUGACGAGAUCGCUGGGACUGGCCGAAACACCUCUUUCUUACAAGAGCGUUGUAAGAGGACAGCAAAACAAAUAAGCACAAAUCAGAAUUGAGGUUCAGGACUUUGGAAUGUGGUCUUUACAAGCAGGGCCCAGUGCUGCUUAAGCAGAAAAAUACUGCUUAUCAAUUUUCUGCUAAGUAGAAAUAAGCAGGAUACCAGUCACAAAUUGUACUUGUGACAUGGUAGAUUGGCUGGUAACCUUGAAGUAAGGGUAGUUUGAAAUUGCCUCAUUUGGGUUACAUAUAGAUAGAAUACAAAUUGGCUACAAUGACAAAACCCUUCACUCUGAAAAUUCACAAAAUGGCUGCACAUAA